GUCAGAUUUGUCCCCUGCUUUGUGAAAAAUUACCAGGAACCAUCGGUUGACCUCUAAAAGAAACAUAGGACCCCCACAUUUAGGAAACCUUUGCUGUUACAGGGGGCUGGUUUCUGUGUCGCCUUCAGACCAACGUUUACAACACAACAAAGACUGUCAAAAUCCGCUGGUUAUCACCGAAAUACGCUUCCCAGACUAAUGACUAUUUAUUGGACUAUGCAGAUGAAAUCGACCCUGGAUGCAUCCUGUUUAAUGUUCGUGUAUCAAAAAUAGGAAAAGUGUAUUUGCUGUGUGAUGAAGAUCGACUGGAGGCUGAUAAGCUGUUGAAGGUUGUGGAGGAUGUAACCAAGGGAAACAUGGAUGCAGAUGACGUGGACAGUGACAUUGAAGAGGUUGUGCAGAUUGAACCUCCUGCAAAGAAGAGGAAGACAGAGAAGAAGACCAAGGAAGAUUCAAAGGGGAAGAAGGAAACGAUAAAGGGGAAAAAGGAAAAGGCACCCGUGUCUAAGAAAACACCAGGGCAUAACAAGAAACAGGCAAAAGAAAAGAAAGUUGAAGAAGUUGUGCAGAUUGAACCUCCUGCACAGAAGAGGAAGACAGCGAAGAAGAACAAGGAAGAUUCAAAGGGGAAGAAGGAAAAUAUAGAGGGAAAAAAGGAAAAGGCACCCGAGUCUAAUAAAACACCAGGACAGAAAGAAAAGAAAGAGCCUAAGAGGAAAGUCGCCAAAAAGUCAGAUCAGUUAACUCUACAUCCAAAUCAAUCUGUCCCCGUGUUCAAGAAAGACCCUUUCUUUGAAACAAACAAAUCAGUGCCCUUUGUGUCCAAGUAUGCCCACUCCAGGCUUGUAUUCCGAGCUGUCUACAUGAAAGAUUACAAACUGCUUGAGAAGCUGAUCAAGGAUACGGAAAAGAUCAGAUACCUUUCCCAUUAUCGGAGUACUGCAGAUGAGACGACGGCACUAGACCUGGCAGUGACCUUGAAGGACAAGGAGGCCAUGAGUAUGCUAUAUAAGGACUACUUCGGGAGUGACAACAGCACCCUGGAAAAACGGAAAAAACACACGUUGCCUCUCAAAGUCAAUGCUGCAAAACUAGAAAGUGGAUCCUUUAGAUCACUGGGUGUCAAUCACAGUCGGGGCAGUCGAGAAGGGAACAGUGCCCUUACAAAGGAUCUGUCCGAUAUGCAAGAGAAAAAGCUUCCUUCAUCCGAAAUCACUCAAAUGUUAGCAGUUGGUAUUGACUUCGACACCAUGAAAGAUAUUUUGAAAAAGCCCCAGGAUAGUCAGAUGGACUACUCUACAUAUGAACAGGCGCUUACGAACAUCGAUGUAGCUCUUCAGCAUGGGCAUUACAAACUUGCAGAAGCAAUCAUGCAGAACAUAAGAAAGGAACAUCCAGUUUUGUUCAGAAAAAUGUCCAUUCUUCACUACGAGGUUCUCUCGUCAGACAAGGAAUUGAAGAAAUGCCCACCAUCACAGGUUAAGCGGGGAAUCAAAUUGGUCAAAAAGAUAACUCCGAUCCACAUUGCUGCCUGUAGCCCGAACACUGCACCUCUUGACCAACUGCUGGAGAUGGAGCCCAACAUCCACAUCCCGGACAAGUGUAAACGUAGACCCAUCCACUUCGCUGCUGGCUGUGAGUCCACAGCCCCUCUGGAAUACCUUGUGGGAAGGGGGGCCAAUAUGUAUGACUGCGACCACAAGGGUGAGACUCCUCUACACUUUGCCGUCCGCGCAAACAGAGUUAAAAAUGUGAAGUAUCUCCUGCAAGAAGCAAAAAGAAGUAUGAGUGACGAUGAUCCAAUCUUUUUGCGCUUUGGGGUUGGAGGUCUCAAUCGGCCAAACAAGGCCUCGUACACGCCGAUGCAUAUGGCGACAGAGAAAGGGUAUGUGGAAAUUGUCGAAGUGCUGGUUAGUUAUGGGGCCAAGGUAGAUGUGUCACUGAACACUGCUUACUUUAAGGUCACACCCCUCAUGAUGGCCGCUCAGUUCGGCUUCCAGGAUACACUGAACUUCCUGGUGGAACAUGGGGCAGUUGUGCAGCGUAAGGACGGUCUAGGCAGAACAGUCCUAAUCCAUGCUGCAAUGAAUGGGAACACAAAUGUCUUGUCCUACCUACUAAACAUUGGCUGCAACCCCAACCUGUGUGACAACUCCGGCAACUCCCCCAUCAUGUAUGCUGCAGCGUACGGCUGGUACUUCUGUGUAGAGUCUCUGCUUGGUGCAGGAGCAGAUGUCAAUUUAGGCAAUGACUGGAAGACCACACCUCUCUCCAUCGCCUACAUGAAGAGCCAUUUUGGCAUUGCCAGCCUGCUGCUGACAAAAUCUGACGUUGAUGUCAACUUCCGGGAUGACCAAGAAAUGACCUUGGUGUCUACAGCUGCCUCCAGCGCCCUGUACCCAGACCUGUACGACCAGAUGGUUUACCUGGUGAAGGACAAGGCAGCUGGUUGCACCUUUGUGGAUGUUGAAGGUUGCACACCUCUUCAUCAUCUGGCCCGAAAUGACAUCCUUCUAGGGGGCACACAGGCAACACCAGAGCCAAGUGAUGAGGCGAUGGAGACAAGUGUGAAGAUUGCCAAGUUGCUGGUGGAAAAUGGCUGUGAUCCAAAGGCUGUCGAUAAGAACAGAGUGUCGGCUAUCAUGGCAGCUAUGAGAGUUGGCAACGUUCAGCUGGUUGUGUUUCUGCUGAAGAAGGGCAGCCCAAUCUUUACAGACCUGGGCAAAGAGGGAGAAACCAUCCUCCAUUCCCUGUGUUAUGACCACAUGGAGUCCAUGAAGGACUAUCUUGCUGUCCUUAAAUGCGUUGUUUCAAAGGAUGCAGCACAGAAGAAAGCUUUCAUAGAAAUGGCGAAGACCUUCUGCAAUGAUGGCAGUACUCCACUACUGGCUGCCUGUCAACAGUACAACGUCUGCAAGAAAAAGCUGAGUUCAUCUGACAGCAAGGAGGAUAAGAUAGCCGGAAGAUUGUUGUGGAAACGUGGACGUGAUUUCAUCAAGUAUCUGAUUGAUGAAUUGAAGUCUGAUGUGAAUGUCAUCGUAUGUGAGAAGCGUUAUGAGAAGGAGGAGGACAAGCCGGAGAAGCAAGAGGACAGAUACUACGGUGGCUGGGGCAAAUGGUCGGUGGCUGAAAUGCUGGCAGAUGUUGAAUCUUGUGAGUAUUGUGGUUCACGAGAAGGAAUGGAAGAAGAGUGGCCAGCUCUCCGAAUGAUCCUCAAGUACAAGCCUGACAUGAAUACUCGUGACUGUGAGGGGCACACAGCACUCACGAGGGCCGUCGAAGGCAGAUAUAUGGUGCCAGCUUACCUACUGGUCAAGGAAAGCAAUGCAGAUGUGAAUGCCUAUUACAUCAAGGAGGAGAAUGGGAAGAAGUACAAAAUCUGGACAGUUGUCAUAGCAGCUAUCACAGCCAACUGUGAGCUCCUGUCGUUAAUGGUGAAUGCCUCUGCGAACCUGGAUGUGAUUGAUGAGAGGGACGGCAGUGGGCCUCUCCAUGCUGCCAUCAUCAAGGGAGACCAGGCAUCUGGUACACUGGAGAUGAUGAAGGUUCUUCUCAGUCACGGAGCUGAUGUGAAUAGUCUGAACAAGAAGCUCCGGACGCCGCUUCACCUUGCUGUUGAUUACAACCCGGGAAACACGUACAACUUUGACCUUGUGCGGUCCCUCAUAAACAAGGGCGCGGACUUGACGAUCAAGGAUGUGCGUGGCCGGAUACCCUUGCAUUAUGUGUUUGUCAAGAGAGGGAAACACACAGACAGCUACCAGCGUGAUCCAGUAGAGCUGUGUCGUAUGGUCGCCGCCAAUAUGAAACCAGCGGACAUCAACACUCAGGACAAGUUUGGGUGUACACCUCUUCAUCGGGCAGCCUUCAGGGGAGCUAACAUCUGUUGUAUGUACCUGAUGCAGAUGGGUGCUGACGUGAACUUGAAGGAUAACCAUGGCAACACUCCAUUGACAAUGGCUGUUAAGGGCCACCAUGAAAGUUGUGCCUGUAUGCUGAUCCGAAAUGGAACAUGUCUGAAGGACCCUGUUGUGGAGGUCAAAUCGGAUACUGGGCAGAAGCAUGACAAUGUUGAAGUUGAAGGAGGAGAUACAGAUGAGGUGAAGAAGGAGAACCUCAUUAAAACACCUCUCCUUGAGUAUGCUGUGAUGAACGAGAUCCAAGGAGUGUGCUUCUUGGUGUUGGCGGCGCCAGUGAAAGAAUCAGGGUUUAUAAUUGCAGAUGUCAUUGAGAAGGAACUGAAGCUAGAAAAGUACAGAUUCGUUCUGCGACUCCUGCGACUUGCCACGGAAACCCAUGUGGAGUCACUAUGCAACAUCCGUGAACAUGGACGUAACCUCAUUCACAUCCUAAGCCUCUUUGCCACAAAGUUUGAUGAUCUCGCUUACUUGGUGUUGACCGAGCUGAUUAAGAAGGGCCUGUCCCUGAGAAAGGAGGACGAUUACAAGUGUACACCUAUUCAGUACGCCUCCCUCAACAGGAACUAUCAGCUGGCCGCGUUCUGCUUGGAGACCAGAGGAGCAUACAGCCACACUUACACAGACUCAUUUGAUAGAAGUGUCAUGGCAGCUGCAUUUUGGAAGUCCUCCGAAUUUGAUUUGGACUUCAUAUGGUGGAUUAAUGAUUUAUUUAAGAAGAACGGGGUAGCUGAUAUCCUGAUUGACCGCCCACUUCAAGAAGUCAUCUUCCACUCAAAGGGCAAGGACCCUGAUUACUGGAAGAAGUACAACACACCCAAGGUCACCCCGCUCAUCAUCGCAAUCAACUAUAACAGCUUAGAUAACGCCUUCCUAAAAUAUUUUCUGUUUCAACGUGUGAAUGUUAACAUGGCAGACAGCGAAGGGAUCACUCCAAUGAUGCAUGCUGUCAAGGGGAAUAAUAUAAUAUCGGUGAAGACACUGAUGAACUACAACUUUGACCCUAAAGAAGUUGAUGAUAGUCAUGAAGACUCAGAAGAAUCUGAAAAAGAGGAAGAAGACAAGAAAAAAGCUGACAACAAGAAGAAGAAAUACAAGCCAUUCAAAAACUUGAGCAAGGUGAACCUUAACACAGUGGACAAGAAUGGCUGGACUGUGAUUCACCAUGCUGUAUGCCCCCUCGGCCAUGGCACCUUUGAUAAUGAUGAGAUUGUGUUCAUACUGGCCAAAGCUGGCACCAAGCUGAAUGUAAAGAACAAGGAUGAGGACUCACCUCUGGAUCUGGCACUGAAAAAUGGUGCCUUCAAGAUAGCUCGCAUGCUGCAGAAACUGGAGAAUAUCAGUGAGAAGAACAUGAAACAGCCCAAAUAUCAGCCCACCACUGUGACAGCCAGCAUGAAAUGGUCCAGUCCUACACCGUCUUUCCGUGAAGAUGCAGAGAGACUGGUGGAGAAGGUUGGGAAGCCUAUGGAUGUUGAGGAGGAGUAUGUGGCAAAGAUCGACUCCAACUGUACUGUCCCGAAUGGGACACUGGAGAAGGAUGAGGAACAGGACCUGCUCUAUGAUGUCCUCCUUACCAAAGUUGACAUCAACUUGGGCGUGAAUGGACUGUACAACUUUUACAAGAUUCAGCUUGUUCAUCAACCGGACAAGGACAAGUUCAUCCUGUUUACACGAUGGGGUCGUAUCGGGGACAGCGGACAGUACCAGAACACCCUGUACCAAGUGAAGGAAGAGGCUGUCAAAGAUUUCUGUAAAAUAUUCUAUGCCAAGACUGGGAACAAGUGGACAGAUGUUAAAAAUUUUGAGAACAAACCGAGGGAAUGUCACAUCGUUCACAACAAGGAUAGACGUCAAGGCCCCACUCGGACAGACAUUGAAUUCAGAAACAAGUCUACCAUGAAAUCCAAGCUGCCAUACCAUGUCAGAAAUCUUGUGGAGAAGCUGACCAAUGUCACGUCUCUGAAGGAAGCUCUAAGCAAGGAACCAAUGGAUACCAGCAUCAUGCCGUUUGGAUGUAUGCAGAGAGACAAGCUUCUCAAGGCAAGGUCACUGCUCCAGAAGAUAAGUGUGUUGGUGGAGGAAGUGGCUGGAUAUCGAACAGGGUCAGGAAGAGAAGAACAAACUGAGGAGAAGAAGGAGAAAUAUCAGGCUAACUGUGAAGAGGUAGCCAAACUCAGCAGUGAGUACUAUCAAGUUAUACCGCAGGUUGGUUUUGCUUACGAGAAGAUUAGGCCACUCGACCAACUCAAUGAUCUGAAGAAACAGAUCCGUCUUGUGUCCUACCUCCUGGACUAUGAAGUAGCCAGCAAGAUGCUCCUGGGUGCCAUGUACAGAGAGAAAGAAGUGAACCCUCUGGACUAUGUGUAUCUGUCUGUGGGAUGUAAGUUACAACUGUUGUCUGAAGAUGUCGUAGAGUCGCAGUACAUCCUCCGCUACAUCAACAACUCAGUGGACUUCGCAGAGGUGGAAGCCAUCUACAGAGUGUCCAUUCCAGGGCAACAGGAACGGAUGGACAAGAAGAACUUGGACAAUCAUCGCCUCCUCUGGCAUGGCACUGGCGUCGCCAACCUCCUCAGUAUCCUCCACAUGGGUCUGGUGAUUGCCCCUCCAGAUGCACCAACUACAGGUCGUCUGUAUGGCAAGGGUAUCUACUUCUCUGACACAUUUGCAGCGAGUGCGUUAAAGUGCAGCAGGAAGAGCAAGACACUCUUCAUGUUGUUGGCCGAGGUUGGACUUGGCAAUCAAAGGGUGAUUGUCAAUGGGAAUGCAAAAGACAUUGAUAAACCGCAGAAAGGAUUUGACAGCGUCCACAUUGUUGGGAAAUACAGGCCAUCGGAAAUGUAUGAUGUCAGUUUACCAACAGGGUAUGUGAUUCCACUUGGUGAGAGGACCUACAACUCUACCUACAACGAUCAGACUGUCCAUAAUUACCACAAUGUAUUUGCGGUGUACGAUGAGGGUCAAGCGUGCUUACGCUACCUCAUUCAGUGGAGAAGGAAGUAGGUUGGCAUUUCAAUACGAGGGUCUUGAGAUCUUGGAUAAUAACAUGACACGUGAUAUCAGUUGUUAUCAAGAUCCUGUUCCAAAACGCGAUCAUAACAUCAUGACACAAUGUCUGUGACACUACGAUCACAACAGGUCUCUGACACUGUGAUGUCUUAUGUCUGUGACACUACGAAUAUCGUAACGUUUUAGCACAGUCCUCAUUAUAGCCAGCUGACGAAUUUGGCCAUUACCUAUGUAAUACAUCCAACACUCUUAAAAUCAUAAACCAUUGGAUGUCAAUAUGACCAUGCUUGUGAAAAUAUGCUACACUGUCAUGUUAGCUUGUGGUUCAUUGACCUAUAGCAUUGUGUAAGAAUGUCCACAACACACCAAACCCUUGUUAAUCUACGGCACUACAAUGGUUGUUAGUCUAUAUUGUUAGUGGACUAACUGAAAUGACAUGUAACAUAGGUUGUCAGUGAAGAUCAGAGAAUGUGCUUUAUCAAUAAACGAAGGUCAGGGAAUCUGUAUUAUAUAUGGAUAAGGUCACCGGAGACAAUGUUAAUAUUACUGUGAUCUUGUUCUGUAGAAAAAUUAGUAUUUCGUUUUGUUUGUUUUUCUAUUUGACAAUCCGAAAACUGUUGUAUUGUUUGUGCAACUAUUAUGCCUUAGUGGCUUUGUUUUUGGAGAAAUCAUUUUGGAUGAAAUACAUUCAUCAAGUUUCGUAGAUAUUGGUCUGUGAUGUGAAUGGUUGUGAAAAUGUGUUUACUCAUUAUCAAUAUGUUUUAUUCAUGGGUAUUUUAGUUGUGGGUAAUGAAAAUUGUUAACUUUGAGUUUCAUUUCAGCAACAUUAGAUGAUAGUUUCCCUUGAAAAUCUGCUUGAAACACAUCACACAACCCAGUGUUCAAAUAACGGUACACACAAAUCAAUUACAGUAUUUGUGUCUUGAAUGACUUAUCUGUAAUACAAGGAAAUGGAUUGAUAUCAGAUGAGAAUGUUUUGAAAUAUGUUUGCCAGUAUUCUAUUUAGGCAGAUUCUUACAAGUUAUGAAGUAUGUAUUUUAUAAGAAUAGCAUUUGAUAUAUCAACAGGGCUUUGUAUGUAGUUUUAACUGAAUGUCACAAUGGUCUGACACCAACUCAAAAUUAUGAUCAUAGAGGUUCACCGGGACUGAUCUUAUUGACUGUUUAAUGUCCUAAAAUCAUGACAUUGUCAUGUCCAACAUAAACAUUUGAGGGAUGUGAUCAUUGAACAUGUGGAACACCCAUGUGAUAUGAGGGCAUGACACAUGUGGAACAUACGGGACACCCAUAGGAUAUGAGGGCACAUGUAGAGCAUAUGGGGCACCUAUUUGGUAUGAGGGCAUGACACAUGUGGAGGAUGAGACACACCCAUUUCACGUCACACAUGUAGAGCAUAGGGGACACCCAUAUAAUAUGAAUGCGUGAUGCAUGUGGAACAUAUAGGACAUCCAUUUGAUAUGAGAGCAUGUAGAGGAUAUUGACCUAUUUGAGAUAAAAACAUGACACAUGUGGAGGGCAUGGGACACUCAUUUGAUAUAAAGUUAUGACACAUGUGGAGGGUAUGGGACACCCAUUUGAUAUGAAGUUAUGACACAUGUGAAGCAUAUGGCACACCCAUUUGAUAUGAAGGUAUGACACAUUUGGAGGAUAAGAGAUACCCCCUUGAUAUGAAGGUAUAACAAAUAAUUUGAGGCAUUGUAAUUGGUGCAAAGGUUACCAUUUUUCUUUUUAAUUAGUCCAGUUAUACAUUGCUUAACUGAUUGUAUCGUAAGAUUUGAGCGUGUUUUGAAUAAACUUGCCUAUACUGAAAAAUGACAUGAGAAAAAUUCACCCUGUAUGUAUUUUUGCCAAAUAGUGGUAUUUCCAGUCAGUGAUGUAUCAUUCCUGUGGUCAUAUUGUGGUGGUCUUGUAUGCUGACCAUGCAGAUCAUGAUGAGGACAUUUUCUUGUAUUAGAAGAUACUGUGUUAUUAUUGUGCUUGAUGUCUGUAUUUUAGGACGGCAGACGGCAGACGGCCUUAGACGUAUCCUACAUUAUUAAAACUUGAUUACAUUAGGCAUUGUUCACUGCUCAAACAAGCUCAUAGGACAAACGACACACAUAACCCACUCCACAAUCAUAACAUGUCACCAACUCGACAAUCAUAAAACAGUACCCACUGUGCACUUGGACCAUGACACCUUCCACACUUUUUGGACACAGAGACUCAACAUGAAUACAGUCUCUUCUGUUAUGUUUACGAAUGAAAUCUUUUUGUAACACACUGUAUAACUAGGUUUAUGAUUAUAUUAGGUACAAUAUAUUUUAUACAAUUCUUAAGGAUGAAAAUCACUAACUAUUUCAUCAUGGCCUACAUAUAUCACUUUGUUUCAUGAAACAGUUUUGCAUUAUUUGUUUCAAAUGAGACGGUUUGGUUUUGACUGGCAAUGGUCACGAAAUAUUGAGUAAAUGGACACUCCAAAUCAUAUACGUCUAAGGGUAUCACUGCCGCAUAUAUUUUUAAAAUAGUUAAUGGAAAACCAAUAAUUUACAUAUUGUACACUUAUUGUCGGUCAUAUCUAUGUGUAUUUAUUAUUAUUAUUACAUUAUUGUUUUCAUUGACUUUUAAUUGUUGUGCUGUUGAUCACUGGAUUGUCUGGUCCAGACUCGAUUAUUUACAGACCACUGCCAUAUAGCUGGAAUAUUGCUAAGUGCGGCGUAAAACUGAACUCUCUCACUCACUCAUUUUAAUUGUUGAUAUAUUUUUAUGUUUUUUCCUAUAUAAGACUAUCUGUUUGGUAAGCCCUGUAGGCAUAGUGAUUGAAAUUGUCAUUUGUUUAUUGUCAUUGGUGAAUGAGUUUGUUUAUUAGAGAUGGAUAUGAGAUGAGUUGUGUGAAGUUAUUUUCUUUUCAUCAGCUUUGUUUUACCUGUUGUGCUCAGCUAAAUGUAGGAAAUAUUAUACAGAUGACUAUAUGAAGAUAUUUAAUGUAUGUUUGCUUGUAAUGACAGUUUUGUUUUUGUACUGAUUCAGUGGUUUAUUUAUGCUUGUUUAGUUUGGCAGUAAGAUGUGCUUGUUUUACAUUGUGCCAACAGUAAAAGUGGAAAAUCUCAAUUGAGCCAUCAGUGAAAGUAAAGCCAAACGUUCAAUGGUGUCAUUACUUGAAAAAAACCCAACUUUUUUACUGGGAAACCUGUGCUUUCAUUGCCUGGGAUGAAGUUUUCAUACAUAUUUUGUAUGGGUUCAAAGUAACAAAUUAGUUGCAUUCAGAGACAGGUUAAUCCAAGUAUACAAACUCAAAAACAUAAUGUCUUCAAAUGCACAUGCGGUAUGAUUUUACACACAUAAAAGACUGUUUAAUUAUUUUUUCUGCUGAUUCUGUAUGUAAUGCAUUAUCCUCACAUAAACUUCAAUGGAAUUCGUAUCAAAA